AUAAGAAAUUUAAUUAAUUUUUUCCUCACCUCAGGGCUAGUUGAUAAUUACGGUGAUCCACACACUUCCACAUGCCACAACCUCUACAGAGCAGGUGACGACGUCCAACACCAAAAGAACACAAGACAAACGAAAAUUUUGAGAAAACUGAAGAGAUAGAAAAAUGGUGGUUUCUCUGCCAAUGCCUCAAGCCCUUACCUCGCGCUCCUUUCCCAUUUACUCUGCAAUUUCUUCGAACGUUUAUGGACGACAUGGGAGUGGAAUAAUGGUGAGGAAUCGGCUAACUGCAAUUUUUUGUGCUAAUGGUAAUGGGCAGAGGGAGCGGAACCUCCGUCGCAGAAGGAAGGUGGUUGAACACGUAUGUCUGCUCAAAGCAAACAAGGAUAUAUCCGAUGAUGAACAGAAGGAUAUGUUGGAUUACCUUUAUACAUCUCAAUAUCAGAUGCCUGGCAUUGUUGCAGUAUCUUUGGGCCAAAUAUCUGGUCGAGCUAAGGAAGAUUAUACUCAUGCUGUCUUCAUGCGUUUCCGAAGUAAGGAAGACCUUGCAAAGUUCUAUGAGAACCCUCUCUACCUGGAAGUUCUGGAGGAGCAUGUAGUGCCUUACUCUCAUGGUUUAAUGAAUGUGGAUUACGAAUCUGAAGUGGAAGAUGAUAUCUUUCCCGUAUUUCGUAAAGGAGAGGAGUUCAACUAUGGUGUAGAGUUUAUGCUUUUGAUUGCAUUUGUUGAGGCUGAAAUUGGCGGACCUGCAGAAGAUGCACUAAUGUCUCUUCGAGAGCUUACUAUGGAAUGCCCAUCCUUAAUUCUCCAAUGCACUCAAGGUUCAAACUUCAAUAGCAGUAAGGAAUAUACACAUGGAGUGGUGAUACGGUUUCGAUCACUUGAGGCCUUCGAGAUAUUUUUUACCAGCUCAGGAUACAGAGAUGUGUGGAAAUCCAAGUUCCAACCAAUAGCCAGGAAAACAUUAGCCAUUCAUUUUUCUGUUGAUCCAGUUGGCACUGAGAUAAUGUAAACAUUCUUGGAGAAAUGAAACAACUUUCAAUCAAUACUUAGGUAUUCUAUUCUUAGUGAUGUACCUCAAGAUAAGAUAUAGUCCUUCAAGGGACCUCUAACUAUGUAUAAAGUUCAGUUUAAACCUUCACUCUUUUCUUUUGUCAAUUGAGCUCUCAAUCUUUAUUUAUUUAUUUAUUAUUAUUAU